AUGGCCGUGAUAAAGGUGCGAGUGAGCAAACUCCGCGAGGCAAAGAGUGUUGAGGACAGCAGGCACAAGAGUGCCAGUCGCGAGCCAAAGGAAGGCCAGAGCAGCAACCCAAAGAGGGCCAAUGGCGAGGCACCAGUUGAGCCUCAGCAGAGGGAAGUUUGUGCAUUUUGCGACGAUGGUGGUGAAUUAAUCUGCUGUGAUGGUGGAUGUCUGAGAUCCUUCCACCCAACCAAAGAACAUGGUGAAAGAUCUAUGUGCACAAGCCUUGGGCUAAAUGAAGCAAAGUGGCAAAAGCAUAAAGCACUAGGGGAAAAGGGGUUAUAUUUCUGCGAGAACUGCAAGCAUAAGCAGCAUCAAUGUUUUGCUUGUGGAUUAUUGGGGUCUUCAAACUUAACAGCAGGUCCUGAGGUAUUCCAAUGUAAGGAGCAAAAGUGUGGGCACUUUUACCACCCGGGAUGUGUUGCUAAAAUACUCUACCCUGAUAACAAAGCCAAGGCAACAUGUUUUGAGCAAUGUGUUGCUGGUGGACUGGAAUUCAGUUGUCCCGUGCAUAAAUGUAAGCGGUGUAAGGAAGCAGAGAACAAGCAUGACAAGGAAAUGCAAUUCGCAGUAUGCAGGCGCUGUCCAACUGUAUACCACCGGAAGUGCUUGCCAAGGGAUAUUUCCUUGAUAGAGGACGAGGAAGAGGCUACUCCGCAAAGGGCAUGGGAUGGCAUUCUACCUGAUCAAAUUUUAAUCUACUGCAGGAAGCAUGAGAUUCAAGAAGAGCUAGGAACUCCCAAGAGGGACCAUAUUGUCUUUCCAGAUGUGAGAAAUCCUGGUGCAGCAGAAAGGCAUAGAGGUGCAUCUCAGGGGCACGAUAUACCCGACGAAGACGAGCUACUCGACCGCCUAGCGUCCUGCAAUCCAUCUCAGUCCCCUGAGCCGGCAGAAACAGGCCGCGGUAGGGUGAAGCCCAUCGAUUCUUUCGCGCCGAAGCACUUGUUCCCGCAUCCACAGCCAGGCUCCUGCGGUUGGCUUGAUGACUGA